AUGCUAAACAUCGACUACUUGAUAACAGCUGAGUUCCAUGUGGACAAGGGCCCACUGCUCAUCCACCAGUACCCGCUGGAACUUCCCGGGUUGCAGAAUUUGCCGUUUUUGCCUGAGCUAAUGCUUCCAGACCAAAUUCACAAGAGACCCGAGGACUAUACGUUGUUUUUGUUGCACCGCAACUUAUCAACAGGCCAAUUCCAGUAUAAGUACGACCGCGUCGCCUGUGAGAAUGAUCCUUACUUCGUCUAUACUUUGGUCAACAAUGUAACAGACAACUCUGUGAAAAGAGGUCUGGUAAUCAAAUCGGUGAGUAUCGUCACCAGGCUUCUGUAUUUCAAGCAUUUCAGACCGUUGCUUAUGAUUUGUCUUGAUGUUUAUUUUGCCAAUAACGACAUUAACUACUUGGCGCAGCUCUACGACAGUAUCAACUGCAAAAACUUGCAAGUGAGCCAGGUGAGGCAGCUGGUGGUUAAGAAGUUGCUUAUCACGUCCAUAUUGGACUUACCUUUGAAUGACAAACUUUACUUCGACGAGAAUUUUCGUAACAAGUUGUUAGGAAUCAAGGAAAUUAACGAAGACUUGUUUAUUCGGAAAGAUCUCAGCUACAAUUCGGUGGUUUCGUUCAACAACAUGAAGAUCCCGAUGAAGGUGCCCAUAAUCUCGCUCCCGGAUACCAUCGGUGACUACUUCAACCCGACAGAUAUCAAUUUCAAGCCCAAUUUGCUUAAUAUCUUGAACGCCAGCCUUGCCAGUACUUACCACAACAACGAAAUGACCAUCUACGGCCUUCUGACACCUCCCAUUAUUGUGUUGAUAAACGCCAUGCUUACAGGCAAAAAAAUUAUUUUCAUGAGCUACGAGAACUCUGCUGGCUACAUUAUCGACCAUGUUUUGCUCGCGCUCAAGCUCAUUACUGGUGGAGGUAUUCUUACUGGAGUUUUGACGAACUAUAAUGUAUUCCCUAUGAUUGACGUGUCCAAAAUCGAUCUUCUAAGCGAAUGUGACUCGUAUCUCGCUGGAACUAUCAAUCCGUUCUUCAAGUCCAACGAUAAAUUAUGGGAUUUACUAUACGAUUUGGAUGCCAACGAGUUUCAUGUUUCAAGCCAAAUUGAUGAGCAGGAGUACUCCAAGAAUUCCAUCAUUGGUGAGGAUGCCAAGUUCUUGAGUAAUUUGCAACACUCUUUGUUCAACUACAACGAUGACUUAACUACCAUACAGUUUAUUUUCCGCAGACACAUCAACGAGAUCGUCCGGGUGCUCUUGUCUCUGCGAAACUUCAAUUCCAGCUUGCCCGAGCACAAGCAAUCCACGCUUCUUAUGGAUGGUGUGGGCUACUUCUGGCACAGUGACACCACCAAGUUACUCGAGAUGUCGUGUUACCAGCUAAUAUCAGGUAGGUUCCAGGACAAGCUCUAUUCCAAUAUAUUCAACUACAGUUUGAUGCUUCCUAAGUUGCUGAACGAGCUCAAUCUCAUGAUAGACUUGCAACAUCACAUGCAGAAGCUUAAUAAUGUGACGCUCAACCACAACACUCCGCUGCGGAUCAACGAGCGUGAGAUCUGGUUCAAUGUGCUCAAGUACCUCAUCAGUGGGAAGUCACUCGAGACAUUUUUGUUGGUGACGUACUUGAUUCCGCCUAACUCGUCUACGAGUCUCCAGAGUUCGUUGUCGCAUGGAGGAAACUUGACAAUUUUUGACAAGAACAAAGGCAUUGAGCUCCUACUCAUUAAUCUCUUCAACGAGGACCACCAGGUGAAGUCCAACAUCGUGAUGAUUUUGCAAGAGCUUCAGGACAACUUUCUCUGCGGCUGGUGCCUAAACAACUUCUUGCGGUCCAACUACAUGUAUGAGUUGGCGUUUGAGGAUCUCGUAGAGUCUUGA